AUGGAGAUCGACGACACAAGUACAGAAAUAACUUGCGUGGUUUCUGUUCCAGCUCGUUAUGUUUUGGUAUUGUCUAUAUUUUUUAUACAUGUAAUAGCGUACUGCCAAAGAUCUGCGCUGAGUAUCGCUAUUUUAGCCAUGGUUAAUCAUUCAGCCAUCCACAUGCAUAAUACCACGUCUUCAACAGAAUGUCCAAAAAUCUAUCAACAAAAUUCCAUAUAUAUUUACAAAGAGGGAUCUUACGUAUGGACACAACCCACUCAAGGAAUAAUACUAGGAAGUUAUUUCUAUGGUUUGGUGUUAGCUCAACUUGCAGGAGGAUCCAUUACAUUAUCACUUGGACCAAAGAAAACUGUCAUAAUUUUUUCCUGUUUAUCUUCAACACUGACUAUUUUGACACCGUUUUGUGCAAUGUCGGUGUGUCAGUUAUAUCGUUAUGUCAAGCCAUUGUCGGAUUAG